AUGGACCUCACACCGCUCUUUGACCAGUGCACAAAGAUUGUGCUGAGCGAGCUUAAGAGCAAGGUCAAACCACCGAAGAAAAACCGCAAUGCCGAGUUCAUUGUCGACGACACUUUCAUCAAGGAAUGUGGGGAGCUUGACGCUGUGAUCAAUAACCUUGAACAGUUCAUUGCUCGCGUCAAGCCCACGUACCAAGACAUCGAUAACUUCAGUGUCGAUGAGAAAACCCAGGUUGACCAAGACUUUAGCAUCCAAAUGCAAAAGAUGUAUCAAAAGCUCAAGCUUCUCCAGGAGUACGAAAACAAACGGGAGCAAGUGACAAAAGCUCCUCGAAAAGGCGUAAUUGCCACGUUAUUGGGCGACGUACUGGAGAAGGAGUUAUGGCAGACUCAGGUGGCCACUCACCGUACCCAAAUCCUCAAAUACCUCAACAUUCGGCUCAACGCUGUGGGUAAACUGUUCGAUGCCAUCCAACGGAAACGCAUGCAACGUGAGCGGCAAUUGAACUUACUCAACUUCCAAAACAUCGACGACGAUGGUGGGUUGGACUUAAAUAAUCAGGACUAUGCUGCUCUUCUUCAGGAAGAAGAACUGCGCCAGCAAUUAGCCGCCCCUCAAUUCACAGACGUCCAAGUUCAACAACUAGAGGAAGAGAAUAAGGAGCUUUUGGCGCUUAAGCUGAAACAGCUCAAGCUGGUGGAACAAUUGCACACGCUGAUGGUGGACAUCGUCAACCUUCAAGCUGAACUUACAUUUCAAUUAGAAACUCAAGCCGAUCAGAUCGACAACCUCAUGGAAGCACAACUGCAAAUGGAAAUUGACGUGAGUCUGGGGAAUAAGGAGAUGAGGCUGGCCACCAAAAAGAACAAACGAGCCGCUAACAUUUUGGUGACGCUGAUCUACUGCAUUGGCAUCCUCAUCGUGGUGGUUGACUUCAUCAAAUUUAUAUAA